AUGAUUUCCCAAACUGUACAAAAGAACAGCGCCAAUGCUAGCACCAACGAUCGACAUUCACUCCUACGCAGACAUGCUCACGCCUUCUGCCAAGCUCUAUUGUCUCCACCUCCACCAGAGGCCUUGGUAAAAGAGUUCUUCAUUCCAGAAGCGGAUGGGAAGAACCCCACCAUCAGAGAACAUGGCCCAUCGUGGGCCACAGUCCAUCUCCCUUUUCUCGGACGCGACUUUGUCGGUUUCCAUUCAACAAUUGAGUAUUUCGAGCUUCUUGCACGGACUCUGAAAAUGCACCUGGACAAGGACAGCUUCCCCGGCGAGGACGGCUUCGUGGUGGAUACAAACGCCAACCGGGUGGCCGUGGUGGGCAAAGGAAAGUUCGAGAGCGUCGAAACGGGCAGGAGCUGGGACGAGAAGUUCUCAUACGUCUUGAGCGGCUGGGAUGAGGAGGGCAGGCUAGGAAGAUGGGAUAUCUGGGCCGACCCUCUAAGUGCCUGGGCGGCUGUCUCGGAUCAGGAUAUUAACGGAUGGCACAAGGGCGAGCAUCGGUCUUUGAUGUCUGUAGUUCAGCACAUGAGAGCAUAA